AUGAUCCAUAUUACAAGUGAAGGCGUUGCGAUUGGUCCCUGCGAUGACCCAACGACGGGCUGCGGGUUCCUGUUUACGAGCUUGGUCAAAGCAGCUCUGGAGGCAGCUCCGGCGGGCGCGAGCGGCAUCCUGGCCUUCAUCAACCCCAAUUAUUCACCGCCACUAGCCCCAGAUAACUUUGCGAGCUGGGUUGAAGGCGCAGGUUACGACUCGUCUACAAUCACAUUCCUCAGUAAUGCUACUCAGAUUGCCUUCCUUGACCUCAGCCUGUACAAGCUGCUGUACAUUCCCGCGGCCAGCCGGGAUGAAUCGGCGCGAACGUGGCUAGGCGGAACAACGGACGAUCUCAACGACGACCUGGCGGCUGUUCGUGACGAUAUUGCCGCAUUCGUCAACAUGGGUGGUUCUCUAAUGGUCUCCUCGCAGUUCAACUUGGCAAUUAUUGAUUGGGGCGAACUGAAGGCCGUCGCGCAUCUCACAGCGGGCGCCUGUCCAGAUCCCUCAGGUCCUUCUCGCGACUGUCAAGCACCAAGCACAAGGAAUCCAUCCCGUGAAGAGGGUGUGGAAUGUUGA